AUGGCAGCAUCAAGAGCUCCUGGAACUGGAAUCAACAUCAAGGAACUGACUCCAGAAAGAAUUGAAAAAUCAUUUUCUGCAUCCUUGAAGGCUCACAGUUACAAGGCACCUUACUUUCUUGAAAAGAAUAGUAGAAGCAACCCAAAAGAAGUUAUCAUCAGUUUUUCAGCUUCAGGUGGUUUCAAAGAUUGGUAUUCCAAAACUAAUUUUGGUGAAAUCAAAAUAGAUCUUACUCUAUUUCCUUCACUUAGAAGUAUUGGUAAUAAUGAACCUGCUUUGGUUAAUCAGUACUUUCUUCAAAGAUUCCAAGAGAUUUUAGCAAAGUCUUCACUUCAAAAUGAGGUGGAGACGGCAAUAGAUAAGCAGCAGAAGCAAAUAAUUUUUGCAGGGCAUUCAUCUGGUGGACCGGUGGCAAUUCUGGCAACCCUUUGGGCCUUAGAAAAGUACCAAACACCAAUAUCUCAUGGUGGUCUCCCUCCCCUAUGUGUUACAUUUGGUUCUCCAUUAGUUGGAAAUCACCUAUUUUCUCAUGCUACAAGGAGAGAAGGAUGGUCUAACUACUUUUUCCAUUUUGUGCUGAGAUAUGACAUAGUGCCAAGGAUCCUCCUUGCUCCUUUAUCAUCUUUUGACCAAAGAUUUGAAACAGUUUCACAGCUCAUAGAUCCCAAAAACAAAUCAUUCAUGAGCGAAUCAAGUCUCGGAAGAAUCUCUUCGACUUCAGAUUUCUACUUUGAGGUGAUAUCAAAUGCUGCAACCGUCACAAGGCAUGCUGCUUGCAAGCUAAUGGGAACAACAGAAGCAACACUUGAAACUAUUGCAAAUUUUGUUCCUUUGAGUCCUUAUAGACCCUUCGGAACUUACAUUUUCUGCACUGCAAGUGGAAAUGAAGCAAAACAAAUUGUCAUCAAAAACCCUGAUGCAAUUCUGCAGGUCCUGUUUUUUUCUGCCCAGUUAAGCUCAGAAGCAGAAACUGAUGAAGUUUCUCUUAAAAGCCUGCGACAACAUUUAACGUAUGGCGCGGAAUUGCCAAAAACCUUAGGAAUUCAGACUGCUGUGCACUUGGACCAACUAGAGAAGAUUCCUUUGUCCGAGAAUACUACUACAGGAGGCGGAAACAUUGCAACCAUUAACACUGCCUUAAAUGAUCUUGGCCUGAGCACUAGAGCGAGGUUAUGCAUUCAAGCAGCAGCAGCAUUAGAGGAGCGGAAAAGAAACAAUGAAAAAACCAUAGAAGAGAAGAAAGGAUUUAUGGACGAAAAGAUGAAGGAAGUGGAAAAGUACAGAGAAAUGUGGGGGCAUCAGAAAAAGGGUUACUACGACGGAUUCAAGGAUCAAAAAGAUCCAGAAGAUUUCAAAGCAAAUGUGAAGAGACUAGAUCUAGCAGGAGUAUGGGACGAGAUAAUCGAAAAGCUACUAAACUAUGAACUUCCAGAUGAAUUUGAAGGGGUAGAAGAUUGGAUUGAGAUAGGAACGAAGUUUAGAAGACUAGUUGAGCCUUUGGACAUUGCUAAUUACUAUCGACAUUCAAGGAACCGUGAUGGACGCGCUUACAUGGAUAAAGGAGGAAGGCCAAAGAGAUACAGGUAUACACAGAGAUGGUUGGAGCAUCGAGAGAGGGGGAAGGAAGGUGGUUAUUCUGAAUCUUGUUUUUGGGCUGAAGUGGAGGAUCUUAGUAAUGAUAAGAAACCUUUUGAAGAUGUUAAGGAAAGAGUUUUGAAUUUGGAGAAACAGAUAAAAGAGUGGAGUGAGAAAAAGGAAGUUGGUAAGGAUGUGUUUUUGGAGGGUUCUACUUUUGUCCAGUGGUGGAAAACAUUGCCAUUGCAUCAUAGGCAACAAUCAUGCAUUAGAAGUCUUGUUGGAGGGUGA